ACUGUGAGAUACUGAUCCUUGCAGACUGGGGACUCCUCCUGGAGUCUUUAGAAAUCCUGGUCUAAGUCUAAUUACCAGAUCUUAGCCAAAGCAAUUGUAGGAGUGCUUCAUCUGACGUUCUAUGUGCAAUUCACCAAUGAGGGAACCACCCAGGCCCUAAAGGGAGUUCAGAUGAGAAUAAUGAGGACGAUCCUCAGUGUUAGGAUGAGAAAUGAUUAGAUGGGGUUUUUCAGCCUUGAGUUACUCUCAAAAGGGAGCCUUAUACAAGUAUAUGAGAUGCAAAGGAUUGAGAACGUAAACAAAGAUGAUACUUUCAGAUAUGCCCAGGUCAAGAAGGCACAGGUUGAGGUUUAUUCAGGGCAUAUUAAAGACUGACACUUUCAAGUAUUUUCUUUAAAUAAGAGGGUAAGUAAUAACUGGAGUAGAUCACCUGGAAAAGUGGCUGAGGGGCUCUGGGUUGCUCAACUCAAUUAAGAAAUGCCUUGAUGCUUUAAGGUGGCAGGGUGGGAAUUCUAUCAUCUGAAUCACUUUUGUGAUCGACUUCGCAAUCCAUGGAAGAGAAGAAAAUUAUUCAGAGUUCUUGCUCCUGAUCACUAUUCACGGUUUCCUAGAAAGAGAAUGUGUAAGGUGGCCAGGUGAGACUGUCGCACAUAAAGAUGAGGUGGCGUAGGGCCCAUGGAACCAUACUGCAACACAAGUUAGUGCCAUCAUGAGGGGAGGGAGUAAGAUGGAAACAAUUAAAUGGUUUUAGUUCACCUUCAUUUUUAUUGGAUAAUUUAUACAAACUUUAUUACUUCCUUCAGAGUCCUGGCUAUUGAAAAUGAAAAUAAAGAAGAAAAAAUGAAGUGGUUGAUGUAUUGGGUGAUAUAUGCAUCAUUUGGUACAGCAGAACGCUUGACAGGAAUCUUUCUCUACGUGCUCCCUGGUUAUCACAGAUUGAAAAGUCUAUUCUUGCUGUGGUGCAUGGCACCAGUAGAUUGGAAUGGUUCAAGGAUAAUUUACUUCAAUGUAAUCCGACCUAUAUUUCUCAUGCAUUGGCAAGAAGAGAAGUUAGAUGAGAAAUCACAGGAGCCAUUAGAGAAUGCAAAGAAGCAAGUGCCCCAGAAAACAAACACAUUCACACCACCCACAAAAAGUAAGUAAACAGAUAGGUAAGACCUUGAUUCGCCAAUACAUCACUCCUGUACUGCACUGGAGUAUCAACCUAGACUCAACUCAAUUC